AUGGAACCCUUACCGCAGCCGUUAUGCAGCUUCACAAUACCGUCCCUCUACGACGGCAUCCGGAUUGACUGUCGCUUGUAUCAUCCCCGCCAGCUCUCACGACCUGAUAGUGCAUUAUCGUGGAGAAGCAGGGGCGCUAUUGUCGCACAUCCAUAUGCCCCCAUAGGGGGUAACUAUGACAAUCCCAUAGUUUGUGGUGUCGCGGGUGAACUAUUGAAGGUGGGAUAUAUUGUUGUGACUUUUAAUUUUAGAGGCGCGUCCGAAUCUGCAGGUCGGACAAGCUGGUCCGCGCGACCAGAGCUUAGUGACUAUGUCACUGUUUACGGAUUUCUCAUCUAUUACCUUGUUGGGAUCGAUCCCGAUUCCAUACGAGAGUCACUGGCUGAAUCUGGGAACAAUCAACCUCCUGCUGUGACUGAUAUCCAAAACCCCACGGCUGGAUCUGAAAGAUUGGAGAUAAUUUUAGCCGGGUACUCUUACGGCUCCAUGAUCGCAUCUCAUCUACCAUCGAUAGAAGCCGUUUUACGCCUGUUCGCAUCUCCCGAAGCGGGUUCGCCUAGUGCGGAAAUUUUACAGCAGGCCGAUGAUCUAUCUACGCUUUGGAAUCUUGAAGCAAAAUUGGAACUGUCAUCGCGAACACCGAUUCUACAGGGCAGCAGUUGUGAUGGCCAGGGAAAGCCGUCCCAGUGUGUUUCCAUGGGCAGCAGCGCGGAGUCCACUGGGAAAAAGUCAAGCAUGGAUAUGGGCGCAGCGAUCAGACAUAGCAUUGAACGUUCUCGAAGGAGACUGAGAGCGAGGUUUAUACGCGGCCACGGGGUGGAAAAUCGAACAGUGGAUGCUAGUGUUAGUGCUAGUAGUGGUGUUAGUGAGAUUGCACAGAAUAUGCUAACGCCAGCUGUGUCGUUUCUCCUCAUCUCCCCCGUCAUCCCACCCAUCACGAACUUCAUGACGAUGUCUCUAUUCGGCCCUCGAAUCAAUCUCGAUGUCACCCUUGCGGGUAUGAAGGUCAAAUCGACCCCGCCGGAAGAGCAGCUUACGACCCACCGCACUCUGGUUGUGUACGGCAACAAUGAUAUGUUCGCUUCAGCGAAGAAGCUACGGAAAUGGGUCACGGAUCUCAGGAAGACGCCGGGCUCAAUGCUUGAGUUCGUGGAGAUUGACACGGCGGGGCAUUUCUGGUUUGAGAAAGGGACGGAGGAUCAAAUGAGAGCUGCUGUGACAGAGUGGGCAUGUAGGAAUAGUAGUGGUGGUGAGGUCUGUAAGAUGCCUUCCCUGUUAUAG